AAAUCCUACAUUUUUUUCUGAAAGAAUAGUCACGAAAGGAGGCACAAGCUUUUUCAUUCGAUUCAUUUCUGUAGAAUCAAAACGGCGUAAAAACCAAAUCAAAUCGCACCGAACCUUCUGAUCUGAGAGAAAGAGAGAAAAACUUCGCGAUGAGUUUCCAACGCGCAACCAAACUGCUCUCAUCCAUCGCAUCGCGCCGCCAACAACUCCGAAACCUAUCCUCAACGCCGUCGUCACCAGCGGUGUUCGUCGAUAAGAGCACGCGCGUGAUCUGUCAAGGAAUUACCGGAAAGAAUGGAACGUUUCACACGGAGCAGGCAAUCGAAUACGGAACGAAUAUGGUUGGAGGUGUUACUCCGAAGAAAGGCGGAACCGAACAUUUAGGGCUUCCGGUUUUCAAUUCCGUUGCGGAAGCGAAAGCUGAGACUAAAGCUAAUGCUUCUGUUAUUUAUGUUCCUCCUCCUUUUGCUGCUGCUGCGAUUAUGGAGGCGUUGGAGGCUGAGUUGGAUCUUGUUGUUUGCAUUACGGAAGGGAUUCCUCAGCAUGAUAUGGUACGGGUUAAAGCAGCAAUUAACAGACAAUCCAAAACUCGUUUGAUUGGACCAAACUGCCCUGGUAUCAUCAAGCCUGGGGAAUGUAAAAUCGGAAUCAUGCCAGGUUACAUCCACAAACCUGGGCGCAUUGGAAUUGUUUCUCGUUCUGGCACUUUGACUUAUGAAGCGGUUUUCCAAACAACUGCUGUUGGCCUUGGACAAUCCACUUGUGUGGGUAUUGGAGGAGAUCCCUUCAAUGGAACAAACUUUGUUGAUUGCCUUACAAAGUUCCUAGCGGAUCCUCAGACAGAAGGUAUCGUUCUCAUAGGAGAGAUAGGAGGAACUGCAGAAGAGGAUGCUGCUGCACUGAUUAAGGAAAGCGGGACUGAGAAGCCCAUCGUUGCAUUUAUUGCUGGAUUAACUGCUCCCCCUGGCCGUCGUAUGGGUCAUGCUGGAGCUAUUGUGUCGGGUGGCAAGGGCACUGCUCAAGACAAGAUCAGCACUCUUAGGGAUGCUGGAGUCACAGUUGUGGAGUCUCCUGCUAAAAUUGGAACUGCCAUGUUUGAAAUUUUCAAGCAGAAGGGGUUGGUGCAAUAGUUUGGGUUAAUUUAUUUUCAUUAAGUAACUUUGAUUUUGAUUUGACUACAUGGUCAAAAUACUUGAUUCCCAUUGAUAAUAAUGGGAUAAUUUUUCCUAUUUUAUUUUUCAAAAAUACAAGGAGGCGCCUUAGAAUAAAAUAAUUCAAGAUGCUUUUUAUAUUUCCGGAAAUUUGAUACAUUCCAAAUUGAGUUUCAGCUUUUGUGGCGCUGGUUUGUAAACACAUGUAGUUAGUUUUCAAUGAAUUUCCAUCUACUUCAGUUUGAA